UUGAGGAAACAUCCCAUUCAGCACAAUGACAAGUCUUCUUCUCCUCCUCCUGGCUUGUGCAGCUUUGGCUGCUGCCUUCCCUGCUGCGCCGCAAGAUGACCUAGAAAGCAGAUAUGCAGAGUUGGCACAGAAAUAUCUGGAAAAGUAUUAUGACAUGAAAACCACUGGUGGCAAAGUUGGCAGGAAAAAGGUCAAUAAUCCCUUCACUGAAAAGCUCCAAGAAAUGCAGAAGUUUUUCGGCCUGAAUGUAACUGGAAAACUGGAUGAUAAGACUGUGGAGAUGAUGCAGAAACCCCGCUGUGGAGUCCAUGACAUCGGCCAGUACACAGCAGUCCCCAAAAGCAUUGCCUGGCAAAAGACAGACCUGACCUACAAGAUUGUGAAUUUCACCCCAGACAUGCCUCAGGCUGAUGUGGAGUAUUCCCUAGCUAGAGCUUUCAAAGUGUGGAGUGACGUCACCCCACUGACCUUCACCAGAGUUUAUGAUGGAGAAUGUGACAUUGAGAUCAAGUUUGUAGUUGGAGAUCACUAUGAUAACUCUCCAUUUGAUGGACCUAAUGGGGUGUUAGCCCAUGCAUUUCAGCCAGGUAGUGGCAUUGGGGGAGAUGCUCACUUUGAUGAUGAUGAACAAUUCACAAAAAACAGCCAACAAUAUAAUCUGUUUCUGGUCGCGGCUCAUGAAUUUGGGCAUUCACUUGGUCUUUUCCAUUCCGAGGACCCUGGUGCAUUGAUGUACCCUAAUUACCCAAACACAGAACCCAGCCGGUUCCAACUUCCUCAAGAUGACAUCAAUGCUAUCCAAUCUCUUUAUGGCAAAACCUCAGAUGCACUUCAGCCAACAGGACCCACCACCCCUUCCAAAUGUGACUCUAACCUUGUGUUUGAUGCUGUCACCACCCUUAGAGGAGAAUUGUUUUUCUUUAUAAACAGGUUUAUAUGGCGUAAACAUCCACAAGGGGGCGAAGCUGAUCUGCUUUUUAUCCAGAAUUUGUGGCCAUCUUUACCUAAUGACAUUGAUGCUGCUUAUGAGAAUCCUAUCACUGGAGAAGUUCUUGCAUUUAAAGGGAACAAAUAUUGGACUCUGGAUGGAUUCGAUGUUUUACCAGGAACAAAGAGCAUCACUAGAUUCGGAUUCCCUAAAAACAUUAAGAAAAUUGAUGCGGCCGUCCAUGUGGAGCACCUUGGAAAAACAUACUUCUUUGUGGGAAAUAAGUACUGGAGUUAUGACGAAGAGAAAAAAGCAAUGGAUGGAGGAUUUCCAAAGUUCAUUACCAAAGGAUUUCCAGGAAUGAGUCCAAAUAUUGAUGCUGUGGUUUUUUAUAAAGGCCGUUUUUACUUCUUCCAAGGAACAUCACAGUUCCAGUACAGCAUUGAGUCAAAAAGAAUCCUCCAGGUCAUGGCCACCAACAGCUGGCUGGGAUGUUAAUGACAUCAACUCUGCAA